AUAUCUUGAAGAGGAGAUCCCGCGAUAGCACACCGAGUUGCAACUCGUUUGCUUAUUGGUCUGAGGGUACUGUUGUAAGAUGGCGCCCAACGAAAUAUGAGUGGUCUACAGAAAGAAAAACUGCAGCUAACCAUCUAACGAAAAUCGAGGGGAAAUAAAGAAUAACCCAGCCACAGAAAACACCGAAAUCACUUCGAUUUCCUGCUUGUUGUAAGAGGAGUGGCGUUUCGAGGGCAGAGAAGCGGCUCAGACCUCGGCCCGGUUGAGGAAGAGAGGAGAGAAAACUGUCAGCAGCGAUGAAUAACUCACUGGACGGUACAGGCUCCUAUGAGGAGCUAGUUAGGCAGAAAGCUCGUAGCAUUCCUCAGCAUCGCAUGAAGGAGUUCCUGGAGUCCCUGGCCAGCAAAGGUCCAGACGCCCUGCAAGAGUUCAGCCAACAAAGCGGAGACACUACAACCACUACCACUACUAUGGUGUACCAGCAAGAGACUAACUGCAUCUACACAGACAGCACAGAGGUGGCAGGGUCAUUGCUUGAGCUGGCAUGUCCGGUGCAGGUGCAGGUCCAGCCACAGCAGCAACAGAUACAGGAGAACACGUCUCAGCAGCAGCCUGUGCAACAGAAUACAGAGCAACAGAUAGUACAGGUGCAGAUCCAGGGUCAGCAGCAAGGUCAGAUGCUGGGCCAGGUUCUUCAAGUGCCCUCUGGCUCCCAUCAACAGCUACAAGGUGUGACUACUGCACAGCUGAUUCAGUCUGGGGAGCUUACAGAAGAGCAGCACCAACAACUGCAAGCGCAGUUGGUGGCAGCUGUUGCAGGGGGACAGCAGAUCCAAAUUCAGACAGUGGGGGCCCUCUCUCCCACCCAGCAUCAAGACAGUGCAGAGAGGAGAUUAAUGGGAACUACAGUUGCCACAUCUCAGGGGGCAGGUGUCCUCCAGCCAGCUAAGAAGCGUAAAGUGGACAUGCCCAUCACUGUUUCCUAUGCCCUACCUGCCCAGCAGGUAGCCACAGUCCUGGCUAUCCCUCAGGCACAAGGUCAACAGCAAAGUUAUGUAUCUCUGCGGCCAGACCUCCUAACUGUGGACAGCUCCCACCUUUACAGUGCCACAGGCACUAUUACCAGUCCCACAGGGGAGACCUGGACCAUCCCUGUGUAUUCUGCACCUACUGCAUCUGGAGGCCGUGAGCAGGUAACGCAUAUUGCCAUCCCCCAGGAGGCUUAUGGAACAGUGCAAGUUGCGGGAACAAACACUACAACAAUGCCAACACAAGUUACUAUUGAAAAUGACAAGCUGAAAAUCCCUGCCAGCCAAAGCCAGACAGCACAGGCUGUUUCCAGCAUAACAAGCUCUGGAGCCAUGGGAAGCCAGGAAGAAGUGGUGCACACGCUGGCCGCAAACACACUGUUCCCUGCUCAGUUGAUGAAUGGAAACAUCCACAUCCCCGUGGCAGUACAGGGCUACUCAAAUGCUACACAGUCCCUUAUUUGGGACCCACAGCAGCAGGUGCUGCAUACACAGGGGCUGACAGGACAGGACGCACAGCAGCUACAGGUAAUAACACAGGGUCAGACAGUCGUAGCAGAGGUAGAUGGUCAAGGCCAGCAGCAGGUGCAGGUGCAGGAACUGCUGCUGCCUGCUACUUUGAAGCCAGAGGAGGGGCUGGAGGUGUGGCGGCUUUGGGCUCAGCGUAAAAAUGCAGAAUUGGACAAAUCAGACAAAAAUAAACUUGCGCCAAUUGGCAGACGGCAGGCCCUGCGUUUUCAGGAGGAUUUGGUGUCAUGUGCAGUUGCUGAGCUCUGUAUGGGUCUCUCUUUGAUGACAACAGAGGCCCGGGGACUGGAAGGGGAGACUUAUGAGGCUGAUGUUCUUUACUAUGUUUUUCUGUGCAUACAAAAAUACAUGUUUGAUAAUGGUCGUGUGGAUGACAUUUUCUCAGAUCAGUACUACACCCGCUUUGCUCAGAGUCUACACCAGAUCCUGGAGCCUUGGAGGCCAUCUGUCCAUCCACUAGGUUAUGUUAUUCCCAGUCAUGUGACAGAGGAGAUGUUGUGGGAAUGUAAACAACUAGGAGCUCAUUCUCCCUCGACACUGCUAACAACUUUAAUGUUCUUCAAUACCAAGUAUUUCCACCUGAAAACAGUGGAUCAGCAUCUAAAAGUCGCCUUUUCAAAGGUGCUCAGGCACACCCGGAAGAGUCCCAACAAUCCUAAAGAUAAGAGCACCAGCAUUAGAUACCUAAAGUCGACAGAAAGGUUCAUAGGGCAGAAAGUGACAGAUGAUAUGUACUCAGAGCAGCUUGAGGACCCUGAGAACCCACUGCGGUGCCCCAUCAAACUCUAUGAUUUCUACCUCUUCAAAUGUCCACAGAGUGCUAAAGGUCGUAAUGACACCUUCUACCUGACACCUGAGCCCGUGGUGGCUCCAAAUAGCCCCAUCUGGUACUCAACUCAGCCAAUCCCAAAAGAACAGCUGGAGCAGAUGCUCGCCCGCAUCCUUGUUGUUCGUGAAAUCCAGGAAGCCAUUAACAUGUCCGAGAACGUGCACUAGUUGGACUGAAGGAGAAUGAAAAACGAACUCAGCUCUUCUUUCUUCACCAAGCCUUUGAUUGCUCUUUAUGAGUAGUUUUGUAUACUCUCACACCCUCCUGUGGUCUUUAAGGGUGGCAUGUAUUGUAUAUGUUUAUUUUCAUUAUGUGUCAGCAUAUCUCACACAUACGGACUGUAAAUACACGUACAACCAAUAGAUUGUUUGUUUUACUGAGGCAAUCAUUUUUUUUGUUUUGGCCAAAGGAUUUAGUAUCUAAUCUUUUUAUUGGACCUGAACUCUAAUUUAAGUGUUAUUUUUAACUGUUGGUUCUCUUUACCAACAGUCUGGAACAGCUUAAUAAUAAUUUUCUUUCCUGUUUUGUUUUAACCUGUAAUAUAUUUCAUAUAUAUAUUUUCACUGGGGUUGGCCUGCGCUAUGCUGCUUUUCUUAGACAUCUCUUUUUUUGUUGCUUUAGUUUUCCUCUUUUGCCUUGGUCACUAUUAAGUGUCACAGUGAAUACCUCAGUGGUAUUAAAACUGCAUUAAGUAGCCAAACGUAGGCUAAGAGCUCAUUUUCAAGUUGUGGGAGUUCUUUGUGUUUUACUCUUGCCUGUCUGGAACUGAGUUUUAAUGCACACACUCUGAAUUGGGAGGUGACUUACAUUGUUUGCUUAAACCGCAGCACCACCUGUCGGACUCGCUCAGCAGCAUCAAAUAGGAGGACUUUAAUCUGCUCCCGUUUUGAUUGCAACAAUGCGUCACUGCUCUGCUCGCAUUUGCUACACGUUGGAGGUGCGGCUUUGGAUGCUGACUGCUGCUGGACCUUCUUUUCUUCCCAAAAUUCACCUGACGAGGCAUCUGUUGUAUUAUACAUGUCUAUUACAGGAGAGGUGAAAGACUCUAAAAAAGUGGGUUAGCCGUUAAUGUUCUAUAAUGUACAAAACUCAUGCCUCCUUCAUGUACUGUAAUAGGUUCAUCUAAGGAGAAUGGCAGUGCCUGUGUGUUUUUUGAAACAUGACCUUUUUGUACAGCCACUAUA